AGCCCUUCUCAGAUCAAAACAAACCAAAACCCCAAAUAUUUAAUGAGGAGGUUCAGUCAAAGGGAAAAGAAAAUAAAAACUAUUGGAUUUGUUUGUGCAGCAAAAAGAAAAAUUUCUGGUUCAGUUAAAUUAGAUGCAUAUAUAUAUACACACAGUAGACAUUGAAUUCUUUCCAUACAUCCAAAAGCCAAAGCACCAGGUCGUCAGACACUUCGUUUCCUAACCAGCUCACUACCACCGCCAUCCCUCUCUCUCGCUUGCUCGUUCGCUUACUCACUUCUCUCUUGCUCCCCCUCCCUCUCAAUCUCUGUGUGCAAACGUUAUGGUCAAGGAUGAACGACUGCGUACCGAUUUGGCAUAUGGACGGCAGCACGGUUCCUUUCUCUCCGGAAUUGAUCUCGGAAGCCGAUAAACUCCAGCCGAUCGAGAAGGAAGUGCAAGAAUUGGUAUGGCGAAACGGGAGACCGACUACCCAAAACUACAACCAGAAGUCGCCGCGGCAGAGCAACGGCGGGUUCCUCGGCGGUUCCGAGGCAUUAUGCGGUGCCCGCGAGAAGGCCGACCUGCCUGAGUCCGGCGUCGUCGACGCCACCCUGGGAUCGACCGGCGCACCGCCGCCCCCCUUCAUACAAGAGGACGAGAUGGCCUCGUGGUUGCACUACCCACUUGACGACGCCUUCGAGCGCGACCUCUACAGGGAUCUCUUCUCCGCGCCGGCCGUACCCGGUCGGAAUUCCCAGCCUCCCGCCGUGCCCAGGUUGCCGGAGGUCGUUCAUUCGUCCGGUGCCAUGGCGUCUCCGGCUCCCCGGCCGGUGACCCUCCCGCCGAGGCCCGCGUCCGAGUCGCCCGCGCCGAAGGUGGUCAACUUCUCGCUCUUCGCCAAGAGCGCCGGGCUGCUAAACGGGACGGAUUCGAAACGGAGUACACUCAGGUCGGACUUCACAGACCGGUCCACCCGGGUCGAGUCGACGGUGGUGGACUCGUGCGAGACGCCCUCCGCUUUCCGGUCGCUGAGCCUCCCGGCGAACCGCGGGGGGUCAUCGAAGGCCUCAGUCUUCACCAGCGAGACGAUGGAAGGCAGCAAGGCGCCGGCGGGCAGUGCCUCCGAGCUGCGCGAGUCGACUCAAUUAUCGUCACCGCCCGCGUCGAGGGAUCGGAAGCGCAAGGGUCGGGAAACGGACGAAUCGGAAAGCCACAGCGAGGACGCUGGCGAAUCUGUGAACGAGAAAGAGGCCAAGAGACUGGCGACUAAACGAAGAAAUCGAGCAGCUGAGAUCCACAAUCUCUCUGAGAGGAGGCGAAGAGACAGAAUCAAUGAGAAGAUGAGAGCAUUGCAGGAAUUGAUACCUAGGUGCAACAAGUCUGACAAAGCCUCAAUGCUGGAUGAGGCGAUUGAGUAUCUAAAGUCUCUACAAAUGCAAGUGCAGAUGAUGUCAAUGGGAUGCGGCUUGCCUCCGAUGAUGUACCCUGGACAAUGCUUGCCUCCCAUGGCCAUGGGCAUGGGCAUGGGCAUGGGGAUGGGGAUGGUUGCAGGUUCGUCGCGCCCAAUGCUGCCCUUUCCACCCGUCAUGCCUGGGUUGGCGGUUCCGAGCCCCGGCACCAGCCCUCUGUACCCAAGUCUCCCAAUGCCAGGAGUCCACAUGCAAGUUCCACUAUGCGCCAAGACCGAGCAGAUGAGCACUCCUUUAGACCCACUGCUGAACCCAGCUCAGCCUACAACUCUGGCAGAAUACCAACAAUACUUGAGCCAGUUCCACAUGGCAGCACCACCAAGAGUGUCAUUACCACCAAAUACAAAUGCUGUCAGAAAUGAAGAGCCUCCUCCUAGCAGUCAAUGAGGUUAAAGGGAAGGAAGAGGGUUGCUUUUGAAGAGGCACCACAAGAAAUUUUGUUCAUACCAAAGUUGGUAGCAUGCUAGGUCAUCUGGGUUGUGUAAUUUAUUUAUAUUAUUGAAGUAACUUAGAUGUACCCUUUUUUGUCCUUUUUGCUUUAUUUUUUCCCCUUUGUUUAUAUUAUAUAUACAGAUAUAAAUUUAUAGUAGGUUAGUUUUUUUGCAAUAGUGAAUGCUGGUCUAAUAAUAACAAGGGUUUGGUGCUAAAGUGUGUCCAUGUGUUGCUAGUGCAUUCUAAUCAAUUAGUGGUUCUCUCA